UUUGCUCUGCCAGGAGCCGCGGUGACCUUCGCGAGGUGCACCCCGUGGCGGGCCGGGCCGGCAGGGCUUGACGGGCCUUUCUCCUGCGGCGUGAGGACUUUCUGCCUCCAGAUCCAUGUCGGAACGUCCACUUGUCGGGGAACAUCCACCCCGUGCCCGGGCUCCCGCCGUCUCCCAGCCGAUGCCGCGCCGAAAGCCCUGCGCCGAGCGGCGAUUCGGGUUGUGCAGCGGCUUUGCCGCUCCCCGUCCGCUUCUGCAAUCUCGACGCGUCUCCGCGCCCCCAGUUGUUUUACUUAUAUUCAAGUUUUCUUUGAUAUGGACUAUUACCAUCUGCUGGCAGUAGUGAAAAUUGCAAUUAAUUAUUUUAAGCUGAAGUACAUCUUUUCAAUUGUGAGCUCAGAAGAUAAAAUAACAGUCCACUUUUUAAACCGUGACGGUGAAAUACUAACAGCCAAAGGAAAAAUCGGUGACUCUCUGCUAGAUGUUGUGAUUGAAAAUAAUCUAGAUAUUGAUGGUUUUGGUGCAUGUGAGGGAACCUUGGCUUGCUCUACCUGCCACCUCAUCUUUGAAAAGCAUAUAUACGAGAAAUUGGAAGCAAUCACUGAUGAGGAGAAUGACAUGCUUGAUCUGGCGUACGGGCUAACAGAUAGAUCUCGGUUGGGCUGCCAAAUCUGUUUGACAAAGUCUAUGGACAAUAUGACUGUUCAAGUACCAGAUGCCAUGUCUGAUGCCAGACAAUCCAUCGAUAUGGGCAAGAACUCCUAAGAUAGAAUAAAUGGGAAUAUUUUCACAAAAUGUUAACCUAUUUUUAUAAUUAUUAUUUCUUAAUUAAAUGAGAGCAUGGAUGAAUGAGUUUACUAUGAUGACCUGCUUUACUACUUUAAUUCACCUUGUAUAAUUACUGAAUUUUGUAGUCCGAAAGUAUGCAAUCUUUAUUUUGUUUAAAUUAUAAAAAGCAAAUCAAAUAUUAGAAAACAUAUGAUAAAAUGGCACAUAUUUUACCUUAUGUUUGUUUAGCAACUUUAGCAAAAUGUUUUCAUAUAAUUUCUAUGCCUAUUUGCCUAUAAAGUAGGUUUAAAAAGGCACUAUCCCUGUGAGAUGCGGGUGAAGGCAGAGAUCCAAGAGUGAAUUAGAAAAUCUGUACCAGAAUUCACAUCCUGUUACUAUAAAUUUUACAAAUUUAAUGUUUAGAUUGAAACUGGAGAAAUUAUGAAUAUCUUAUUUAUAGUGGUAAUUAGUGUGAAUGUGAAUGGAAAAAAACUGUUGCUUCAUUCACUGAUUAAUUUCAAAGACAGUUGUAACCUUAUAAAUAAAUAUUUCAAAAUUUUA